UAAUUCUACGUGUUAGAAAAAAAUAUUUUCAAAAUAUUACCUACGUACUUAACGAUCCACUGAUGUAAAAUUUAAUGAAAUGAUGAUUCCAUCUUUAAAGUAUAAAGAACUCUCAAAGCCACAAAGAAAAAAAAACAAGAAAUGAUUUCACUUUUAAAAUUUUCUUCAUCAAUAAAUUGAGGUACCUACCUAUUACCUAAAGAUAUUAUUUUAAGAAUAAAAUUAAAAAAUUUUGAAUCCAUAAAAUGUGACAAAUUUGCAUGAGAUGAUCCUUUCUCUUUUUUAAAUGAGAUUUUAAGGUAGGUAGGUACCUAUACUUAUUACUCUUCACGACGUUGUUAGCCGCCAGGCUGCGCUCCUCAACACAGAGAUACUCCGCCCGUGUAACGCGGCCCUGCCGCGCUACGAGCUACGUACGCUCGUGUAACUCUUCGCACUUGCUGUUUUGUUAUACUACGUGUUAGAUGUGUUCUCCGUGUAUCCGAGUAUUCUUUUUGUUGUUUGAUGAAGUAUUGUUUUAUUUGAUUAAUAUAUUAAUUGGUUAAUUAAUAUUCCCCGUGUCAACUCGUUAUUUCGUAAUUAUCAAUUACUCAAGUUCUCGCCGAUAUCAUGGCUGAUAGACAUCGUAGAGAUGAUGAUGACCGUAAGAGCAGACGAGAUGAAGACAGGUAUCACCGGUCUAAAGCCCAGAAACGGUCCAGAUCAGACUCCCGAAGCCGCCACCGACGUCAUCGUUCCAGUGAGGAACGCGAGAUAGAUAUAGAAGCUGAAACGCGACGAAUGAACGAGAUUCAGGCCAACAUUGAACGUCAACGCCAGAGAGACAGAGAAAGGGAAGAAAGUAACCGAAGAAAAGCCCAUAAGUCUGAGUCGUCGAGAUCAAAUCGAGAUGUAAGUACACAGAGUAAUGUAGAUUCGAGUAGACAGACGACUAAGUACAAUGAAGGUGAUAUUGUCACUCAGUACAAAAUUAUUAGAAACAAUAGCAAUCAGGCUCCGAAGACAACCAGCACUGAGACACGCACAGAGAACGUAGUGAGUAAUGAGAAUACGACGAGAGAGGUAGAAAAGAAAAAGAAGAAGAAAAAGAAAAAGUCUAAGUCACCGGAGAAACAGAGUCCGUUAUCAUUUAAUCGAGAUGUUGUGCCAGUAGCAAUUCCGCUACCACCUAAGAAUGAUUGUCGUACGGUUGCAACGUUAUCACAGCCUUCAACGUCAUCUCAGAGUUCCGUACAGCAUCCGAGCACGAAUCAGGACCAGUUUACGAGUUCGCACGUACAGAGUGAAGGUGAAAUUCAAUUGUCGUUUUUGAAUUGGGAACCAGGUGCGAAGCGGAGAGCAGCGAUGGACCAAGCGAUGAGUAAAUUGCUUGCACUGAGAGCCGAAGAUGAGAUGGUUGAGAAAGCAUUGAAGAAGAAACGAAAGCGCUCAAAGAAAGAGACAGAGACUGAGAAACCGAUAUUAGUGAGAAGAAUGCCGGAUGCUGUGCCAGCUACCGAGAACACCAUUCAAACUGAGACAGUACCGCGACCCGCGCCUGAACAGCAACGUCAAGUUGAACGACCCCGCGCCCCGACGCCAAAACCAACGAUGUCCGACGCUUCGGAAAAUGAACGUAGUUCUUCAGACUCCGAAUCGGACUCGGAAGAGUCGGAUGAUGAUUCGUCUGAUUCCAGCUCCGAAGAGGAAGAAGAGGAGAACGGAGAUGAUUCUGGAACUGGAGGAGGUGCUACGUCGAACAGUACCCAAAAUCCUCCGCCUCCUCCUCCACCAUCUGGAAAUAGUACGAGUACACAGAGUGAGCCAGCGACUGAGACGAAACCGAAGAAAUCGUCUAAGAAGUCGAAAGAGAAGAAAACGCGUUCCAGUAGGAAAAACCGUCUGACAGAGAAUAUGAUGCGAAGCAAUCAUGAAACGCGUAAGGUACUGACGAAGGAGGUGAGAAUCGAGACGUGGCAUCAGAUGCUACAGUUGGAUGCUGAGAUCUACAAUAUUAACCUCACGAAGCGGACCAAGAGGAAAGCUGAGGAGAAGCAGCUUCGUAAUCUCGUUCUACACAGACUAGACGAAUAUUAUUUUGUGAGAGUAGGGCAUAUUACGCCUGUACAGAAGAUGAUCGACGCCAUUUUCGACUUACGGAGAGUAGAGAGGAACGUGAGUAGGGGUACGAUCAAGUCCGAGUUCAACAAGUUAAUGCUAGGUAGAGGGGAAACUCUCGACGCUUUCUUUGGGCGUAUGGACGAACUCACCUACGACUUUAAGAUGCAAACGAAAGGGGAAGAGAUUCCCGAGCCAGAGAUCUUUGAUAGGAUAGUAGAGGCGACAGAGUCUAUCUAUACAGAGCUUAGGGUUAUUCUUAAGUCUAAGGGCGAAUAUCCUCAUACGAGUCUCGCUGACCUUAAGUUGUUGUUGUUACAGCUGGAGUCUGAACGGAGAGGUGGGCCGCAGCAGGCCAACUAUGCUAGUCACCGACCAGUUAUCCGACGGAGCGACGGAAAGCCCCAACCGAGACCGCCUUACAACGCCGAUACCCUACCGAGACCGCCCGAUCACAAUUGUUACAACUGCUCCAACCCGGAUCAUUACGAUUACGAAUGUCCGAAGUGGGAAGAUGGACCGAGGUGUUUCAGAUGUUCGGAGUGGGGUCAUUUUGGAACGACGUGCAACAAUCCCCGCGUAUUCUACAAACACGAAUUCGCAAAGUACCGAGAUAGUUCCCGAGACAACCGGAUCAGAGAUACAAUUAACGGAGCAGCCCAAUUAAUUAGCGGUGAACGGCAACCGGAGGAUUUUAUGGGUAUACCGAGAUUCGACCGAGACGCGAGAAACGAUAUCGAAGAAAAUCGUCGAAGACAUCAAUCGUCGAGCCGUUACCGGUCACCGAACCGCGACGAACAACAUCGCAGCCGCUCAUCCCCGCCGAGGGAAACCGAUAAGAGUAGCCGGAGCGCAACAGACAGAGAUGCAACCCAAACCGAGAAUCGCCGACAGAGCUCAUCAACGCAUUCGUCAGCCAGCGGUCCAUCACCGCCGCCCGGACGCGGUCGCUCUAUGGCGAGACCGGAGGGAGCGCGACGUCUACGUAAUUUUCCUGCGAUGCUUGUAGACCCGCACAUCGAAGAGGAAUCGCCGUACACGUCUUUCCUACUGAUGGAGCUACCGGACAUCGACGUUAAUUCGCUCAACGGAACCCAGGCUGGAUUGAUUUACAACCACAUCGCCAAGUGGGAACAGAUGUUGGCUUGGUUUAGAACGCGAGUGGAACUGAGAAUUCACGCGAUUAACGUCGAAGCGAGAAAACCGACAGAGAUCGAGCCUGUAUUCGAUAUAGGCGGCGUCGAGUAUUCGUCGUUUUUGGACACCGUCGGACCAGCCAUUAUUGGCCAACCAAUGGUUCAACCGCCGCCUGGUUUUCCGCCAAUACCACCAGUUCCGAAGCCGGUCUACCUGGAACAUACGAAAGAACAGACGAUGCUGCCGUUUACCAACACACCGCAGCCAGGAACCAGCGCUUCGACGUCGAAAACAGAGAAACCGGUUGAAAUGAACCCGAUUGGGUGUAUUAAGGCGCCGGAGAAUAAAACAGAGAAAGGAUCAAGCCCAAAUAAACCGCAAACGAAAGCCGCGAAGAAAGAAGGCACUUCAACGGACGAAAUUUUCAAAAAGUUUCGUGAACAGAAUCCGAACGCCGGUAAAUCGCCUUUGAAUCUUGGAAAGGUGUAUAAUCCACGCAGGGACGCGAGGACACCGAAGAAAAUGGAUACGAACAGAGAAGGCCCGGAACAUCGUAAACCGACGAAGCCGACUAAACUCGAUCGUACAAUUGCGGCGCCGAAACCCCCAACCCCGCCACCGAUGCCGGAAAAACCGUUGUGGGAAGUUAAAUCGACGAAAGCGGUUGCCGAAGCCGAAAUGGAUACAACGGCUCAAUCCGAGGCGAAAACCGACGACGAGUGGAACAAGCCAGGCCCGAGUUCAGCACAGAGUAAUGCAACAGAGAAGCCGCAUUUAAAUUCGUUAGGCCAAGAUAUGAAUGCGCCGCGGCCACACACGCCCGAAAUCAUCCGGCAAAACCUACUAAUUCGGCCAGACAUUCCGUGCGAAGAAGAAUGGGAAAUUGGCGACGGAGAAGUGAUUGAUCGACGGAGAGCGAAUUAUCGUUCCGUUAAUUUCAUGUACGUGAAGCAGAUCAUGGAAUUGAACUUCACGAAGGUCAACGAGAGGCUCACCGAGAUCGAAACGCGCCUUCACCGAGAGCAGGUUCCUGAUGAAGCAGACGAGGGAAGGCCGAUGCCGGAUGCCGAGAGGGCCCUGUUAACCAGGCAACAGGAGGAGUUAAACGACGCAGCGAUGGCGAUCACGCGCGUAUUGGAAGAUCCUGGUUCAAUUGAAGACGCGAUUGAAGGUCUGCAUCAAUUAAUCGAGAUGUCGCGUAUUUACCACUUUGCGCUGGAUGAACACCCGCAACGCGUAUUAAUGAUGCUGCGAACAGAGAACCUGACUAUUGAUGAACGUAGACGUCAGAGAAAUCGCGAACGGAGACACCGCAAUCGAGCGCAUCGCCAAAACGCCGAUAACGUAGACGACGGUAUUGACGUCGAUUAUUUUUCCGAUUCUGAAGAUCGUGGUCCAGGCGAUGCUGCGCCGAAUUUUCAAUUACUAGGCGAACGUUUACUUGAUGAAGCCUAUCAACGGAGAAAUCAACACGAUAACGACGAUCAACCAAUGGGAUAAACAGAGAGAAAAACAGAGAAAAAUUUUUUAUUUGUAAUUUGUCGUUGAAUUGUUCCGAAUAUUCAUGUGUUGAAUCUGUGUUCCUGUUUAUUUGAAUUUUGUGAUUUAUUUGUUCCUGUUAAUUAUAAGCUGUAAAUAUGUUUUUGCGAAAGAUGAGUCGCGCAGGGAGGGAGUGUUAGCCGCCAGGCUGCGCUCCUCAACACAGAGAUACUCCGCCCGUGUAACGCGGCCCUGCCGCGCUACGAGCUACGUACGCUCGUGUAACUCUUCGCACUUGCUGUUUUGUUAUACUACGUGUUAGAUGUGUUCUCCGUGUAUCCGAGUAUUCUUUUUGUUGUUUGAUGAAGUAUUGUUUUAUUUGAUUAAUAUAUUAAUUGGUUAAUUAAUA